UUUAUUAAUACCAAAAGUCGCACCUGUCAAUGAAAACAAAGGCGCAUGGUAUCCGUUGAUUUUACAUCUCACGGCUGAAAGUGUUUGACGGAGUGAUGCAAAUUGCAGAGAAAGGUCGGCGUCAUAAUCUUGUUGGAAGAAAACGAAAGCCAAGGGUUAUCGUUGAUGAGCUCGUGCUUUUCAGAACACGUGCUUAUCCUUUUGACCUUUACUGAUUGAAUUCACCCAGGCUUUUCAGCUUGUAGCUUCCAUUUCAAAGAAAUCAAGCUGUGUGGUAGAAGCUAGGUAAUUUGUUACACCUCUUAGGAUGGCAAAUAAUAGGGUCCCUGGAGGUUAUUUUGGUAAUCCUCUUGAUACAGUUGGUGAAUCGGAGGGGUCAGGAACAUCAGGCCAAAUAGACACUGAAAUUACGGUAUCCGAAGACUCCGGUGCACCGGCAAGGAAAUCUAUUAGUUUGAACUCAAGCCGCCGCGGUGCGUUUGGUGCUUCCAUCCAUGUUGUUCCCUUGUCAAAAUUGUCAUCAAUUGAAAGAAAAGGUCUGGCGCAACGUCUGAGAUCUGAGCUUGAACAUCUUCGGCAGCUUCAGAAGAGAAUUGAGAUACAGAGAUCGAAUGGUGUUACGCUGUCGUCUUCUAGUGAUAUUCUUAGUUGUAGUAAUGGAAACACCAUUACCAGACAUCAUCAAGUGGAAAACUCUAGGAAAAAAUUGAAACAAUUGGGUAAGAGUAAUAAGCCGCGCGGAUGGAAUCGGGGAUCUUCUGGAAAAUUUGAGACUCCCUUGAAGACUUGUUUGCCAAGCACUGCGAAUUCUUUGUUAAUAAAAGAUUGUGAUUCACUGUUGUCACGGCUAAUGAGUCACCAGUAUGGUUGGGUUUUCAACACCCCUGUGGAUGCGGUGAAGUUGAACCUUCCUGAUUAUUUCACUAUCAUUAAGCAUCCUAUGGAUUUGGGAACAAUAAAAAGCAAGAUUGAUGCAGGAGCAUACUCAGAUCCUUUGGAAUUUGCCGGUGAUGUGAGGCUUACGUUUUCGAAUGCAAUGACCUAUAAUCCACCCGGCAACGAUGUCCAUAUCAUGGCUGAUACCCUCCGUAAAUAUUUUGAAAUGAGAUGGAAGACAAUAGAGAAGAAACUGUCCAAAACUGAUGCUCUUCCAUUGCCUACAAAGCCAACCCCUAGUCAAGAUAUGAAAACUACUAGAGCAAUGCCUUCUUCCAAAAAGAGGAAAAUUGUCUCUUUGCCCCCUCAACCUGAAGUUAUCACACCUGCUAAGAAGGUUAUGUUGGAUCAAGAGAAGCACAAUCUAGGUCGACAUUUGGAGUCUUUGCUUGGGGAAAUACCUGUCCAUAUCAUUGAUUUCUUGAAACAACAUAGUUCAAAUGGAAGAGACUGUGGAGAGGAUGAGAUUGAGAUUGAUAUUGAUGUUCUCGGCGAUGAUACACUAUUCACAUUACGCAAGCUUUUGGAUGACUUUUUGCAUGAGAAGCAAAAUAACAAAGAAAAUGUUGAAGUGUGUGAAAUAGAGGUGUUGAAUGAUUCUGGACCUAGCAAUUCCUCAUUGCAACCAUUUAAAGGCAAUGGUAUGGCCGAUGAAGAAGUGGACAUCGGUGGGAAUGAGCCUCCUGUUUCAAGCUGUCCUCUUGUGAAGGAUGAAAAGGACAUUGGUGGAAAUGAACCCCCUGUUUCAAGCGAUCCUAAUGUGAAAGUUGAAAAUGAAAUUAGUGUAAAUGACCCCCCUGUUUCAAGCAAUCCUGAUAUGAAGGUUGAAAAGGACCUUGAUGGAAGUGAGCCCCCUGUUUCAAACCAUCCUGAUGUGAAGGUUGAAAAGGAUACAACUUGCAGAGAGAACAAAUGUCUGAGUCCAGGCCAUUCCGAUGAUUCAGACUCUAGUAGUUCUUCUGAUAGUGAAUCCGAUGAUGCUAAAGCAAGCCCAGCAAAUGGAGCAAAGGUACCAGAAAUUAUGGGUUCAAAAGCUCUGUUGGAGGAUAAGAUCAGGGCUGCUGAUAUUCUUGAAAGAAAUCAAUCUGUCAGUGGCUUAGAUCAAGUUGAGGAUAAUUCUCAGGACAAACGGAGUCCUUCUGACUCUGAUUUCCAGCAAGAUGGGGACAGUGGUCCUUCUGAGAGGCAGGUCUCCCCUGAUAAACUUUAUCGAGUUGCAAUAUUGAAGAAUCGAUUUGUUGAUACUAUCUUGAAAGCUCGAGAAAAGACACUCACACAAGGAGAAAAGGGAGAUCCUGAGAAGUUGCGCCUGGAAAGGGAGAAAAUGGAGAUGGAGCAAAGGAAAGAAAAGGCAAGGCUCCAAGCAGAAGCAAUAGCGGCUGAAGAUGCUCGAAAGCAGGUGGAAGCGGAAGCUGCUGCUGAAGCCAGACGAAAGGUAGAGCUCGACAGGGAAGCUGCACGACAAGCUUUGACACAGAUGGAGAAGACUGUUGAAAUCAAUGAGAAUUCUCGUUUUCUCGAAGAUUUGGAAAGGCUUAGAGCUGUACCUGCAGAGCAAUUACCCAGUUCUGUAGACGAGACAAGUCCUGAUCGCCCUCAGGAUGGCUUGGGCAGUUUCAAGUUUGGUAGUAGUAAUCCCUUGGAACAACUAGGGUUAUAUAUGAAAGUUGACGAUGAAGAGGAGGAGGGAGAGCCACCGUCAAUUCCAAAUACUGUAAAUGAUGUAGAAGAGGGUGAGAUUGGUUAGGCUAUUCACAUUUUGUAUCAUGAAUAUGGAGCAAAGUAUCAUCAUGCAUUUUAGUUCCUGUGAUGCAUUAAUCCAUUGUAAAUGAGUCAAAGGACAAUAUUAAUUCAGUUCUGGUCUGUCAAACAUCAAACUUGUUCUGUAAUACUAGUUAGUGGUUUGAGUUUCAAGUCCUGUUGUCAUGGUUAAGUUGUACAAAAGAUAGGUGGUGUUCUCCUUGAAACUGUGAACAUUGAAAGAGCUACAUCUUUCUGGUUA